AACAACUCUCGUGGAUUCCGUCCCAGGUAUCAUGACCGUGCUGAUAGACUGGCCAAUGAGGCAUGUAAAAAAGAACAACUAAACAGCUGAUAGGAGAGUCAAAGUCCAGAGAGAAGGAAGCGCCGGCGGGCACUAUCAGUGACUCGGGCAGCCGACAGUCGACACACAGUAUUGUUGUGUGAACAGAAGUCUGAAUGAUCCUUGGUGUAACUGUUGUUUGAGGAAUAAAGCAGAGUUAAGAUGGUUAGCAUUCCGCAUAAAGUGCGUGUAUGCAUAGUAGGAGCCGGUGUAUCAGGACUUGGGGCAGCACAGAGGUUAAUUAAGUGUGGAAUAGUUGACCUGGUUAUUCUCGAAGCACAAGAUAGAGUUGGUGGUAGAGUUCACACUGUAGAAUAUGGGGAACAUCACCUAGAGAUGGGGGCUCAGUGGAUCCAUGGUGAAGAGGGCAAUGUAGUAUAUGACUUUGCCUCAGAGAAUGACCUGAUUGAUGAUGAACUAUCCUUAAUUCAAACAGGUACGGGAAACACGAUCUUUGUGAGGCAUAAUGGUGAAAUAGUGCCCGAGGAAGUGCAAGAAGAGUUCUCCCUGGUUACAGCUAACCUUUCUGAAAGUUCAGAAAAGGAUUUUCAUACUUACCCACAUUCUAGUGGACAGUACUUUACAGAAAAAUUCAAGACAGAGAACAAAUGGGGAACCCUUGGAGAAGAGCUCCUGAAUUGGUAUGGACGUUUUCAGAAUUGCAUUGAUGGCUCUGACAGUUGGUUUGAUAUAUCAGCAAAGGAACAGAACAAUUACAAGGAAUGUCCUGGAAAUAUUUCUGUCAACUGGAAACAAAAGGGAUACAAAAACUUACUUCUACAUUUACAGGAGACUGUACCAUCAUCUUGCUUGUUCCUAAAUUCCCCCGUCAAAUCCAUUGAUUGGGGGAUAUGUACCUCGGCCUCUACAUCUGGUUGUAAAGUUACCUUAACAUCGGAUCAGGUCAUUCAGGCUGACCAUAUCAUCUUCACCCCUUCUCUUGGCUUUCUGAAGGCUAUGGCAAAGGAGGUCUUUAAUCCUCCAUUACCUAGGACAAAAGUGGAUGCUAUUCAAGGCUUAGGCUUUGGUGUAGUGGAUAAGGUGUACAUAAAGUUUCCUCAUCGAUGGUGGGAUGAAAGUUGUGAUGGCUUCAGCUUCUUACACGACCUUAAAGAAGUACCAGAUAGCAUAACUAAAGAGAAUUGGGAGUAUGGAGUACUGGGUUUUUAUGAGGUCUUCAAGCAUCCAGAUAUGAUGUGUGGUUGGCUGACUGGUCCUGCAGCUUUAAUGAUGGAACAAACUCCCAAGGAAGAGGUAGCAAAGCGUUGUGCAGCCAUGUUACGAGAACGUCUGUCACACAAGUUUAAAGUGCCAGAUGUGAUUUGGUGCACAAGCUCUUCAUGGGGAUCAAAUCCAUGGAUCAAAGGAUCAUAUAGUUUAUGCACCAUGAAGACAGAAGCUAUGGGUGUCAAGGCUGCUGACUUGGCUGAACCUCUAAUUGAUUCAAAUAAUGUUCCACUUGUUUGCUUUGCUGGAGAAGCAACCCAUGAUUGCUAUUAUUCUACUGUCCAUGGUGCUCUGGAAACUGGUUGGAGAGAAGCUGACAGACUUGUAAAAUACUUAAAAAGUGUGCCAGAUUCUACAGAGGCUCAGCACAUUGAAGCACGUGAAAAAUAUGAUGUCAUCAUUAUUGGUGCUGGAGCUGCAGGUAUUGGGGCAGCAAGAGAGCUUACUUCACAAGGUGUCACCUCCAUUCUUAUUCUUGAAGGAAAUGACCGUAUUGGUGGGCGUGUGAACACCAUUAAAACAGCACGAGGUUUUGUAGAUUUAGGUGCUCAGUGGAUUCAUGGAGAAGAUGGUAAUGCCAUUUUUCAGUUUGCAAAUUCCAGGAACCUUCUUGAUGACAAGUUGUCUGUGGAUGGUAGAGGUGUUUUCGUCAUGGAGAAUGGAAGACAAAUAAAGGAAAACAUCAUACAAGAAGUUCUUGAAAUAAUGGAGGAAGCAGAUGAUGACUGCAAGGAAUACAAUCAUUCAAAGAAAUUGAAAGGGGUUGAUCAGAUAUCAGUUGGAGAUGUUUACCGAAAUUUUUUUUUUACUUACUUAAAAGCCUGUGAUAAAGAUUCCCUGAUUGUGAGAAGAAUAAAGUUGGCUUUAUAUUAUUGGACCUUAAGAUGGCAAAGAAUUGAUAAUGCCUGUGAUUCUCUUCAUCAAUUGUCAGCCAGCUGUUGGGGGAACUAUGUAUUCUGUAGUGGAAAAGAAAACAUGAACCCCAAGGCUGGGUUUCUGUCCAUCUUAGAAGCUAUUCUGGCAGAUACAAGAACAAAUUUAAAACUAAGAAGUGAAGUUGAUAGCAUUGACUAUGCAAGUGAAGUUAUGGCUGAAAGUGGUGGUUAUUUUCGACCAGAUGGCACAACUUACCCUGUGAUCAUCAAGUGCAAAGAUGGGAGUGAAUUUGAAGCUCAGCAUGUCAUAGUGACCCCUUCUAUAGGAUACUUGAAGAGUCACUCCAGCCUCUUCUCCCCUGCUCUUCCAACAAAGCUUCAAAAAGCAAUAACCUCUAUGGGAUAUGGCACCAUUGACAAAAUCUACCUAGAGUAUGAAAAUUGCUGGUGGCCUAGUCAUUGGGAAGGAGUACAACUAGUAUGGACCAAAGAUAUUCCAGAUUUUGAAUGUGAAGCUCCAAAUACAUUGCGCAUUGAUGGUAGCUCUGAGCAGAUGAAUCAGUACUGGGUCCGGGCAAUCUCAGGAUUUGAUCCAGUGUUCAACCAAACAUCAAUGCUUUGUGGUUGGAUUGGUGGACCUGAAGCAGAGUACAUGGAAGGGUUGAGUGCUGAUGAAGUGGGCCAGGCAUGUACUAAACUCCUCAAACUUUUCCUGGGCUGGAAACAUAUCCCUUAUCCCAAGAAGAUUUAUAGAUCUUGUUGGGCAAGUGAUUUUUUCUCUCGAGGGUCAUAUUCCUAUCAUCCUGUUGGCUGUAACUGUGGGGCUGAAAACUCUGAGAAUGAUCUCAAUAUGCCUGUGUGUGCUGUAACUAAGGAAGGUGAUAAGAUUCCAGUUUUGGUGUUAGCAGGAGAAGCCAACAGCCGAGCCUAUUACUCCACAGUUCAUGGUGCACUGCAAAGUGGAAUAGCACAAACAACACAUUAUGUCAACUCUCGAAAGGGGUCACUUGGCAGUCAUGUCACAAUCAAGAGCAAAUUGUGAUUCAGCAGACUGUUGUCUAGUUUAGGUGUUUUGUCCUUUGUGGUUUUUUUUAGAACACUUGUUCUCAGGACGGGGGUGGCGAUGGUCACCGGGGUUGUAUGCAGGGCAGGAUUAAGCUUAAUAGGGGCCUGAGGCACAGAUCAACUUGGGGCCCCCUACUCUC